AUGAAGCAAAUUGUUCUACCAAUUUUUUACGACGUAGAUCCAUCAGAAGUACGGCAUCAAAAAGGGAUUUUUGGAGAAUCCUUUGAUAAACUUGGAGAUAAGCUCAAGGAUAACGCAAAGAUGCUGAAAUGGAAGAUCUUAGGAACAAUAUCGAAUAUUGAUGAUGUUGACAAAGGAGUCAAUGUGAUUCGAGAUAGACUUUGCUCUAAAAGGAUUCUACUAGUUCUUGAUGACGUGAAUGAGAUGGUCCAACUAGAAAAACUAGCUAGAGAUCGUGAUUGGUUUGGCUCAAGAAGUAGAAUUCUCAUCACAACAAGAGAUCAACACUUAUUAGAAGUCUUUGAAGUUGAUUCAAAAUACGAGGUGAAGAUUUUGGAUGAGAAUGAAGCUCUUCGACUGUUUAGCUUGCAUGCUUUCAAGAAAGAUGAACCACUUGAAGGUUAUGUGGAACUCUCUAAACAGGGUCUUUCCAUGUGGAAAUGUGAGAAACUUGAAGAAAUAAUAGAGCUUCCACCAAAUAUAAGACACAUAAAUGUUAGUGGAUGCAAAUCAUUAGAGAGAUUUUCGGAAGUAUCAAAAAUAUUGGAAUUCAAUGGAAGCCACAUCAGAUCGCUACAAAGAAUUGAGUUGUCCGGUUUCGACAAAAUGCAUGAGAAUAUAUGGAAUGAUAAAGUGCAAAAUCCAUUAUUGUGGAAGGGAUUCUAUGAAUAUGAUGCUACUUUGUUUCCAGAAUAUCAGAUUCCAGAGUGGUUGAGUUAUGUUCAUGAGUUUUUAAAAGAUAAUGAUGAUGGCAGACAGAGGGGAGAAGAAGAGUGGGUAUUAGAUAUUGAGGGGCCAUACUAUUUGGAAGAUAUAAGCGGAAUUGUAUUAUAUCAGGUAAUGUUUUUGCAAGAUGCUGAAAGCUGGAGGAAAUAUAUUGGUUGUAGUGCUAAGAUAACCACUAACGGCUCAAAUCAUGUAUGCUGUAUUAAAGAAGGAGUACUAUUGGUUAAUAUGGAUUUGGACAGUGCAACGGAAAAUACGCCUGGAUAUGUUGUAUGGGAGGGGUACUCCAAUUUACAAUCUUUUGAACUAAAGGUUUUGGACAAUUUGCGAGUUCAAUUUGAUCGUUUCUAUGAGAGGAAGGUGUCGUUUUAUAAAAGUUGCAGAGCCAAAGUGGUAUACAAGAAUGAAAUGAGAGCAAAAAAAAUGGAUGAAGAAACAUUUCAUUUCUCAUCCACUUUGGGAACGCUAGAACUGUCAAGGAGUGAUAACGUUAUCCUUCCUGCAAGCAUCAAAAGAUUUGUUGGAUUGAGGGACAACUUGAAGAGGCACUUUCAGGUGGAAUUAUAUUUCCGGGGAAUAGGAUUCCGGACUGUUUUAGGAAAGAUGGAAAGUUUCAAAGAAAGAGGCAUUCUUCGACUUGGUAGAUUUGGAGAAUUUCCAGAAUAUGACCAGAAUGGAAUGGACUUGUCUUCUUGUGAAUCUCUGACAAAACCCCGUGAUCUUUCUCGGAUUCCAAAUUUAGAGUGGCUCGAUUUUGCUGAUUGUACAAACUUAGUUGAGGUUCAUGCUUCUGUUGGAUCCCUUAAUAAGCUUGAGCAUCUCGACUGGCAGUUACUGGUUUAA